UAUUUUUGAUGAAGAGUGAGAAUAAUCUUAUGGUAAAUUCUGUUUUCUUACAGUCAAAGGCCAUUGGUUUGUUAGAUGUGGAUGUGUAUGGCCCUUCAAUUCCAAAGAUGAUGAAUCUAAAAGGAAAUCCAGAAUUAUCAGAGAGCAACCUAAUGAGGCCUCUUUUGAAUUAUGGUAUUGCUUGUAUGUCUAUGGGCUUCCUGGUUGAAGAGACUGCACCAGUUGUUUGGAGAGGCCUUAUGGUAAUGUCAGCCAUUGAGAAACUAUUGAGACAGGUAGAUUGGGGUCAGCUGGACUAUUUGGUUGUUGACAUGCCACCAGGAACCGGAGAUGUACAGUUAUCAGUCUCACAGAAUAUUCCUAUUUCAGGUGCUGUGAUUGUCUCCACACCCCAGGACAUUGCACUGAUGGACGCACACAAGGGUGCUGAGAUGUUUCGAAAAGUCCACGUGCCUGUUCUGGGCCUUGUCCAAAAUAUGAGUGUUUUCCAGUGUCCAAAAUGUAAACACAAAACUCAUAUUUUUGGUGCUGAUGGUGCAAGGAGACUAGCACGGACCCUUGAUCUUGAUGUUCUAGGAGAUAUUCCUUUGCAUCUUAAUAUAAGGGAAGCUUCAGAUACAGGCCAGCCAAUUGUGUUUUCACAGCCUGAAAGUGAUGAGGCCAAAGCUUACCUGAAGAUUGCAGCAGAAGUGGUAAAAAGAUUGCCACCACCUCUAGAGUGAUUCCCCAAGUGUCCCGGAAAUUUGCCUGAUGCUUGACAAUAGAAGACCUUUGGAAAUCAGCAGUGUGGUGGUGAAACCUAUAGAAAGAAUAGCAAUCAUAGUUGUUUUCUUGUAUUUCUAAGGAAAUAAUGGCAUUCUCAGAUUUGAUUUGCUAAGCAACAACUCACAAAUAAAACUUUUAUAUAUCAAUGCUAACUGCUACAUUUAGGAAUGUUUUUGAAAGCUGAUGUGUACCAACUGCACAGAACUACAUGUUAUUUUAUUGAACUACCCCUCGAGGAAUCAUGAGUGUAUAUUACAAGCCCAAACUUCAGUUCAGGAGAGAACUGUGCUCUUUUUGUAGGACUGCAGAGUUAGUCAUUUAAAGGAUUUACUAAAUUUGUCUGUGGACAUAAGUGUGACGUCUCUCCAUCAGGCAACUUAGUCUAGCUUCAAAUCCUGCCUCUACUACUACCUUGGACACAUUCUUUUUUUUUUUUUUAAUCUAUACAAAUAUGUAUUUUUAGGGGUAUAUUGCAUAGGCAAAAACUGAGGAAGGGCAUUCAACAAAAUGUUAAUGAUA